UUUUAUCCUACCUGGACGCCAUUGUCACCCAGACUCAACUCUGCCUUCACUUUAGAAUGGGAAAACUUUCGCUCCUUGUCUCUAUGCUGAUGGUUUCCUGCUGGGCGGUGGAAAUCCAAGUCGAGGAUGUAGACACUGCUUGGCAGAAAUAUCUGGCUGAAUUUCCAAUCAAAAUCCAAACGAAAUCCGAGAUCUGGUUUCGCAAAUCCAUUUUUAGCGAAACGCAUAACAACAUCGCGAAGCACAAUGCUAAUAAAGACGCCACCUUCGAAAUGGGUCACAAUCAGUUCUCCGUCAUGACUGAAGAUGAGAAGCAACAAUUUUUCGGUGCCUUAUUACCUGCCACACCUGUCAAUAUCAGUUUGGACGUGUCCUCGCGGCAAGUCGCCACAUCUGUGGAUUUCCGUACUAGUGCUUGCAUGUCUCCUGUAAGGAAUCAAGGUGGUUGUGGAAGUUGCUGGGCGUUUUCGGCUACCGCAGUUGUUGAAUUUCAAAAAUGCAGGAAAAGCGGCUUCGUCCGUGUCGAUCUCAGCGAACAGCAGCUGGUAGAUUGUAGCCGUGCCAAUGGCUGUUCUGGUGGAUGGGAGCACGAAGCUUGGCAAUAUUUGGCUUCUAAUGGCGGUCAAGAUCUUGAGAGUAGAUACCCUUACACGGCGAGGGCAGCAACCUGUACUUUCCAAAAUGCCAAUAGUCCUGGAGCUCAGAUUUCAUCCACAACUCCUGUACAAUGGAUACCGUCGGGGGACACCAACGCCAUGAUGAGUGUCCUGACAGGCGGCCGAAUCCUAUCCAUCUACAUGCAGUUGCCCAAUAGCUUCAUGAAUUACCGGAGUGGCGUUUUCAACGACGGUGCCUGCGUUGCCAACAACGCUCACGCUAUGAAUAUCGUCGGUUAUGGUACUCUAAACGGCAUCCCUUACUGGGUGGUUCGUAAUUCAUGGGGUUCUUCAUGGGGAGCAUCUGGCUACAUUCUCGUUCAACGAGGUGUUGACUUGUGUAUGAUUGAAAGAUAUUCUCGUACUACAAACGUCCUUUAAAACGUUAAUGCUGAAAAUGUCUCCUUGUAUGAUGGGUUAAUACAUUUGUUUUUGAGCAUUCA